ACUGCGCGUAAAGAUGGCAAUGACGGACACAGAGCGGGGGAUCUCUAAUCGAGCCGAGUCUGGGUCCCCUUUCUCUGAGAUAAUUGAACUGAAUGUCGGGGGACAGGUGUAUGUGACACGGCACAUAACUUUGGUCGCAGUCCCAGACUCGCUCCUCUGGAGCAUGUUCAGCAAGAAGGCUCCAAAGGACCUGGCGCGAGACAGCAAAGGGCGCUACUUCUUGGACAGGGACGGUUUCUUGUUCCGUUAUAUUUUAGACUACCUGCGGGACCUCAACCUGGUGCUGCCUGAUUAUUUCCCCGAGAAAAGCCGGUUGCAGAGGGAGGCUGAGUUCUUCCAACUGCGGGACCUGUCCAAGCGCCUGAGCCCCAGGAUGAGCAAAGAGAACUCCAUCAACGAGGAGAUUUGCCAGAGCGACACCGAGGAGGGUGCGCUCCAGAGUGGCACCGGGUCCUCCAGCGUUGGCAUGGAAACUGUGCGCAUGAUGACUGCAAUGAGCAGCGCUCGCUCCCAGUCUCUGGAGUCCAGAAAGUCGGGCUACAUCACUAUUGGAUACCGGGGAUCGUACACUAUAGGAAGAGAUAUCCAAACCGACGCCAAGUUCAGGAGAGUGGCGCGCAUCACGGUGUGCGGGAAAACUUCCCUUGCCAAAGAGGUUUUCGGGGACACUUUGAAUGAGAGCAGGGACCCCGACCGGCCACCGGAGAGGUACACGUCCCGUUACUACCUGAAAUUCAAUUUCCUUGAGCAGGCGUUUGACAAGCUGGCCGAGGUUGGCUUUCACAUGGUGGCUUGUAGCUCCACGGGCACGUGCGCCUACACCAGCAAUGACCCAAACGAGGAUAAAAUCUGGACGAGUUAUACCGAGUACGUGUUCUGUCGGGACUAAAUGUUGAUAUGGUCACCACCUGAGCCCACCCGCUGCCAACAGAAAAUUACUUUGAUGUUUACUGAACGUUUUGGGUUUACUGCUGUAAAUAGGCAUCUCAUCAUUUCCACAAAGAGGAUAGGGCCUGCAUGUUUGAUCUUUGACAUUGUCUCCAGCAUAUUCUUCCAUGUCAUUAUUUAAAAUCUCUUGCCAUAUUUAAUGGGAAAUAGCCACAGCCUAUAGUUCAAUACACACUAACGUAGAAUUCCAAAUGUUAUCAUGUUAAUUUGCCUUGUGGAGAUGGUUAUUGAAUGGAUUAAUUUGAUGACAUUUUACACACACACAAAACACACAUACACACAUGCACACACACAAGCACACACAUGUAACAGAUGUCCCAUACUUAAUAACUCUCUUGCCUUGUGUUUUUAAAGAAAGAUCUGUCCAGCCAGCGAUCCCAGAUUGGUGUUUAUUCUGAAGAUAGACACAAAGAAGCACAUUAGAUGUGUAGGACAACAAUAUGUUGAUGGCUGUAGAUUAGUGAUUUGUCUGUUAGCAUGGAAAUAACUGUGAAUUAGCAGGGAGCUAAUCCGACCAUUACAAUUAGGGCAUGCUAGCUUACUCGCUCUUACAGCAAUAAAAUCCAAAAGCACAUCCCAGGAAGCCCCCAAUAUCUAACAGGUAACACACACACACAUAUAUAC